CCUCCCGGGGAUGUUUCUAACAACAUUUCCACCCUGAGAGCAGACCAGAGCGUAUAGGAGGCCAGAGGCUGUGGGUCUCUCACGAACCCAUCCCUGUUUUCCAUCUAGCAGCAGACAGACGACCCCAGUCAGCACUCAGCCAAACAGCAUGCGUGAGUGUAUCUCAGUCCAUGUGGGCCAGGCCGGCGUGCAGAUUGGCAAUGCCUGCUGGGAGCUCUACUGCUUGGAACAUGGAAUCCAACCAGAUGGGCAGAUGCCCAGCGACAAGACCAUCGGAGGAGGGGAUGACUCCUUCAACACCUUCUUUAGUGAAACUGGGGCUGGAAAACAUGUGCCCCGGGCUGUGUUUGUGGAUCUGGAGCCCACUGUGAUUGAUGAAGUUCGGACGGGCACCUACCGCCAACUUUUCCAUCCAGAGCAGCUCAUCACAGGCAAGGAAGAUGCUGCCAAUAACUACGCCCGAGGCCACUACACCAUCGGAAAGGAGCUCAUUGACCUGGUGCUGGACCGGAUUCGGAAGCUGGCUGACCAGUGCACAGGACUACAAGGGUUCCUCAUCUUCCACAGCUUUGGAGGGGGCACCGGCUCCGGCUUCACCUCACUCUUGAUGGAGAGGCUCUCUGUUGAUUAUGGCAAGAAAUCCAAGCUGGAGUUCUCCAUCUACCCAGCCCCCCAGGUGUCCACAGCUGUGGUCGAGCCCUACAACUCCAUCCUGACCACCCACACCACCCUGGAGCACUCAGACUGCGCCUUCAUGGUGGACAACGAAGCCAUCUAUGACAUCUGCCGCCGCAACCUGGACAUCGAACGCCCCACC